AUGUCGGACCUUGACCCCUUCAUAAUGCAACAUCACCUGCCCAUUUUACCACAUGCUAAGCCCGUUAAGCAGAAAUUGAGGAGACUACACCCUCGAUGGAGUUUGCAUGUUAAGGAAGAAAUUCGGAAGCAACUUAGUGUUGGCUUCUUGUCAGUGGUUGAGUAUCCUGAGUGGCUAGCUAAUGUCGUCCCUGUUCCCAAAAAGGACGGUAAGGUUAGGGUUUGUGUUGACUUUCGAGAUCUGAAUAAGGCCAGCCCUAAGGAUGAUUUUCCCCUCCCACACAUUGAUCUGUUGGUUGAUAGCACUGUAGGGCAUCCGAUGUUGUCCUUCAUGGAUGUAGCCACUUAUCAGAGAGCUGCUACUACUCUGUUCCAUGAUAUGAUGCACACAGAUGUCGAGGUAUAUGUGGAUGACAUGAUACGAGACAGGACAGAUCACUUAGCAGCCUUACAAAGGUUCUUUGAGAGGAUCAGACAGUUCAGGCUGAGAUUGAAUCCCAAAAAGUGCACCUUUGGGGUGGCUUCUGGAAAAUUGUUGGGACACAUUGUUAGUGAGCGAGACAUUUGUGAGCCUAUCUUCCGCCUUCUGAGGAAGAAUCAGCCUACAGUUUGGAGUGAUGAUUGUCAGCGCGCUUUUGAGAGGAUUAAGGAGUGUCUCCUUUCUCCUCCGGUUUUAGUGCCUCUCACACCGGGACGUCUUUUGCUUCUGUACUUAUCAGUUUCAGACAUGGCCUUAGGAUGCAUGUUAGCUCAGCUUGAUGAUUUAGGGAAAGAGUGUGCCAUCUAUUAUUUGAGUAAGAGGAUGCUUGAGUAUGAGUGCAACUACAUUAUGAUUGAACGCCUUUGCUUGGCAUUGGUUUGGGCCACUAGAAGACUUAGACAUUACAUGACAGAGUAUUCCGUGCUCUUGGUCUCACAAUUGGACCCGUUGAGGUAUCUAUUUGACAGGCCUGUUCUGACCGGUAAGCUCAUGAGAUGGCUGGUAUUGUUAACAGAGUUUGAUAUUCAUUAUGUCACACACAAGUCAGUAAAAGGAAGCAUUAUUGCAGAUCAUCUAGCUUCUUUACCGAUAUCCGAUGACAAAUCGGUUGAUGAUGAUUUCCCUGAUGAGCAGAUCGUUUCAAUGACUAGUAUUAAGGGAUGGCGGUUGUACUUUGAUGGUGCCGCCAAUCAGUCGAGGUUUGGCAUUGGUAUCUUGUUAAUAUCACCACAGGGUGAUCAUAUCCCCAGAUCAGUCCGAUUAGCAUUUUCCGAUCAUCACCGGUUGACGAAUAAUAUUGUGGAGUAUGAAGCUUGCAUUACAGGUUUGGAGACUGCACUUGAUCUUGUCAUUAGACAGUUAGAGAUCCACGGGGAUUCCAAUUUGGUUAUACAGCAAACUCAGGGUAUCUGGAGGACUCGGGAUGAGAAGCUAAAACCCUACCAUGCUUACUUAGACCUGUUGAUUGAUGGAUUUGAUGUGUUAAGGUAUAUACAUCUGCCCAGGGAGGAGAAUCAGUUUGUCGAUGCAUUAGCCACCUUGGCUUCUAUGAUUGUGAUCCCCGCGGGGGUGACCGUUAGGCUAUUGCUGAUUGAAACUAGGUUUGCACCAGCUUACUAUUGUCUGAUUGGAGAGAUAAAGGAUCAGAUUGAGUUGCCAUGGUAUCACGAUAUUUAUCAGUUUCUGUCAUGCGACACUUACCCAGAGUCAACCUCGACCAAGGAUAGGAGAGCAUUGAGACAGUUGGCCACUAGAUUUGUUAUUUGCGGGGAUGCACUGUAUAGGAGAUCACCUGAUGGCCUGUUAUUAUUAUGUCUAGACCGUACAUCUACAGAUCGAGUGAUGAGAGAGGUUCAUGCAGGGGUCUGUGGCCCACACAUGGGAGGUCAUAUGCUAGCUCGUAAGAUCAUGAGGGUUGGCUACUUUUGGUUGACCAUGGAGACAGAUUGUUGCCAGUUUGUACAGAGAUGUCAGGAGUGUCAGAUGCAUGGAGACUUGAUACACGUGCCACCUUCUGAGUUGCAUGCACUCACAUCCCCUUGGCCAUUUUCAAUAUGGGGUGUUGAUAUUAUUGGGAAGAUCUCGCCCAAGUCCUCCAGUGGUCAUGAGUACAUCUUAGUAGCCAUUGACUAUUUCACCAAGUGGGUGGAAGCCGCUUCCUAUGCUAGAUUGACAGCGACCAGGGUGGCCAAAUUCAUCAGAUCGCACAUUAUCUGCCGAUACGGGGUCCCUCACGAGCUGAUUUCUGAUAGAGGAGUGCAUUUCAGGGGCGAGGUGGACACGUUGAUUCAGGAGUAUGGCAUUCAGCAUCACAGAUCGUCUGUGUACAGGCCACAAACUAACGGGGCAGUUGAGGCCGUCUCCAUUACUUCGGGGGAUAUCGAGGGUCACAUAUUGUUUUUCCAUUCAAUUUACUUGUCUCAGGCUCGUGAUCAGAGACAGACGAUACAAACAGUUGGGACCAUUGAGGGCACCUUUACUCGAUGUUUUGACAUGUUCAUACUGGGGCAUGCCCCCGUCCUUGCAUGCUGGCUGUGGUUUUUGUACAUGUACGCAGGCAUUCCGUUUCACCUAGCGAUGUUAUGGGCAUCAGAGUUUGAGUAA